UUGAAACAUUCGACGCCAUUUUGAUUUUAUAAUUUUGAAACCAACAGUAAUUUUGGAGGAUAUUUAGAUUAUUGUACAAAGUAGAAUGCUCUCUUUGGGCAAUAACUAAGAACAUCAUGAGGAGCGUAGCUGCCGUGGUAUUCGCGGUGGCCCUGGUGGCCUUAGCUGGGCUGGAAGCUCAGAGAAGUAAUGGUAAAUUCGAUUGGAUGAGCUAUGACAAUUUUGAUCAGAUUAUUGAUAGGAUGGACAGCGUCACUCCGGAGAACUGUAACUCUAAACCAUCAGCUGAACUGAGACUCCACCCAGAUACAGUAUCACAGCUUCCCCUCACUAACAGACUUCUAAGUACUAUUAUUUAUCCUAACAGGACAUCUUUACUUCAUCUACACAAUAUGGCGCUCAAUCGGGCGUUCUUUCAUAGCUACGUUAACCAGAUUCUCAAUAACUCCCAGGUUGACCAUAAAAUGCAGCCCGGUCUCAUGUACUUCUAUUUCUCGACGGAGGCUGAUAUUGCCGCCAACCCCUGGGGCAUUAACGGAUCGGCCGUUAUGUUCGACAACAACUGCAGUUACGCCAACUGGUACACCAAUCUGGAAUUCAACAACACGCUGCCAUUAUUCGGACCCCGAGCCUGGCGUUUCGACGACUACAACGAUCCAACAAACUGGCUACGUGAACCAACAAAUGAAACGCUGAACAUCGAUGACUAUGGUGCAGGACCAGAACACAAUUAUAGUAACCCAUCCUAUAAAAUAAACCAGUGGUAUGACUACUGGAUGCCUGAUUAUGACCCCUCCAGGGACUCAGUCAUGAAACAUACCUAUACCGUAGGGAUAAAGUUCUCCAAUGAGACCGGGAGGUUCGUAAAUGAUGAGUUCGAGGGGAGAUCGUUCUUUGGUCCACCACAGCCAAGUCAGAACUCUCCAGAAGAGGAUCUACCGGUCAGAUUUACAGCCCCCUAUUACGAUUGUGGUCGCUCUAACAAGUGGAUUAUGUCUGCCACUGCCCCCGUCCUAGACUAUCUUCCUAGAUACCUAGAAUGGAUGCAUCUACGACGGCAAAGGUUCGUUGCCGCCACUGUGCUGGACAUAGAUUUCCUGACCCUGGAUUUCAACCCCUGCCCGACAGCUCAGGGUAACCCAGCCCCUAAUUACUUCGCAAACACCGCCAGGUGCAAGCCUUCGACGAUUUGUGAGCCAUUGAUGGGGUAUGGAUUUCAACGGGGAGGCUACAUUUGCAUGUGCAGACCAGGCUACCGAUACCCACGUUGGCAGAAUGGGCCCUAUCUGGGAGUGGACAUAGAGAGAGCUACGGAGGAGGAAUACCAGUAUGGAUUCGAAUGUGAAAAAGUGGACUGGCGUGUGGUUAUUCCUAUAAUCGACGGAAGUGACAACAUGCCAACAACAGUUGCAACUAAGUAUGCCGUUAACAAGCGCGAUAUUUCCCAACUGUCAGCAGGUGGCUCUGUGGAUGAGCCCCAUAAUGCACCUGUGGUAAGCAGACGAAAACGAUCUGUUUCGAGGUGGCAUGGUUCAGACAAGGCAGCUUUACUAAGUGCAUUGGGACUUAAAGAAUCGAACUUAAAGAAAGCCAAAUUAUCACCAAGGAAACGUAUGGCUCCAAAGGUUUCCACAAAGGUGGAAGAACCUCCUAAACGUGUAUGGGCGCCACGUCAUCAACGUGACACGUCAUCCUUUAGAGUGAAGCGUUCAUUCGACCAAGAAGCCAGAAGUAGAAUAGAGCGCAUCAUUGACCACAUGAACACAAUAAACAAAGAUAACUGUAAAAUAAAGACAAACACUGAACUUAAUCUCCCUGGAGACCUUGCCUUUGGUGCCAAAGAACAAUUGCAGAAUCAAGCCAGGACAGCCUUAAGGAUGGCUCACUUCCUUAGUAACUUCCUCGAAAAUGUCGACUUCUAUGAAGAGUAUGGUAACUUGCGAGGCGAUCGACCUUUGAAUUUCGAACUUUUGUUCGGUGAAGCCAUUGCUAAUGUUAUGGGUGAUUAUAAAAUAUUUGGAAGUGGUGUGUUCUUUGACACAGACAAGUUUAAAAACAUGGAUGGCACAACAAGGCAAUAUUUCGGACCAUAUUCUUGGAGAGGCAGUGGGACGAGAACUAUGGCGAUUGAUUAUGCAGGACAUGACGAGACCUACAUCGAAGACGCUUGGUUUGUGGAUGUUAAAGAACGUUGGCAGUCGAAUGUGUACGGUCUUAAGAAAUGGACGACUAAAGCCAUGUUGAGGUCCAACUUAUUUGGCACCAGUCUGAGGAGGUUCGAGCACUAUCCCAUGUACUAUCGAGCCCCAUCAAUGGAGGAUGGCCUUUGGUCCGCACCAUAUUUUGAUUGUGAUGGUUACAUUGAUGAUUGGGUAAUCACAUACAGUGUUCCGUUCUUCGGGAUGAACACACUGGGAACUAACAUAGAGUUUAAGGGUGUUGUUAUAGUUGAUGUGAAGCUUGAAGAACUUGACGUAAAUCAGUGCCCUGGGGAGUUCCAUGUUCCCAAUGCCUUUAAGUCUACUGCACGAUGUGAUUACGAAAGCACCUAUUGUGUACCUCUACCGGGUAAGAGGUUUACUCGUGGUGGCUACAAAUGCGAAUGUCUCCAAGGUUUCGAGUAUCCAUUCAACGACCGAGCCUGGUACUAUGAUGGUCAGACAAUGGAGGAAGAGUACGAUAAGAUGAUGCGUGGAGAAAGACAUAGGUUCAACACUCUCAAAUGCCGAGAGGCAGGGGCGCCAAGAGUUUCAAGUGGAUCAGUGUUGCUCAUAUCUGUAAUUGCUUCAAUCAUGGCGUUCUUUGGCCGAUAACAUAAAGAACAUGUCUAAUAAACUAAUGUACAGUCGGUAAUUGUCACAUGGAUCAUAUCAGCUCCGCCUUUUCUUUAGUUACACAGUGUCGGAAAUGAAUCUACUUGAAGUUUUGAAUUUUCAUGUGGAUAUUACUUCAUUCUCAAUGUUUGUUGGUUGUACAUGCAAUAGUGCAAAAUAACGAUACAGAGGAAUGACAAAGAGGAUACAAGUUAACGUAAGAAUGCUUAUACUAAGCCAUGAAGUAGAAUCGGCAGGAGAGUAGAUUCAUUCCAUUGUAAAUAGCACACAGGAAGAAAUACAAAAACUUCCGUAUGAGAUUGCCAUAUAUGGGACAUAGUAAAAGGCAUUAGGCAAUCACUUAUUGGUAUUUCAGUGUGUCAUGUGUAUAUAAAGUUUUUAUACUGCUUAACGUAUUUUUAUAAUAAGUAAAAAUAUCAUAUCUGGACGUUUAGAAAUAUUGCCUACAUUGUGCACUAAAUAUUCGCAUUUAGAUUCAUUUACGCGAUGUGGCAAAUAUAUUGUAAACUGUCAUAUAAUGAUUGUCUGUCAUCAGACGUUGAAAAUACA